ACAAUGAAAAGAAAGUUCUACAAGUAUUAAUAGAAGAUUCCAAUCAAACACAACACACUACAAAAAACCUCUAUAGCACCGAGUUCUUAACCAGCUACUCUAAUCCUAAUUCUCCAAAGGUUCCUAUCUAAAGCCAUAAGUCCUAUCUAAAAAAGAUCUCAAUUUGUUAAUUUCUUUCUAUUUUCAAACCAAAGUAAGAUGUCAAUGCUCAUACCACCCACUUCCCGAAUAACCCCAAUUCCAUCUCUGCGGUUCUAUGGCUACCACCGAUUGCCGCCGUUGAUCACAAAAUCUGUGGGAGGAGCGCCUCCCGCUGUCGCCGGGAACAGCCGUACCAGUACCUCUUCCUCAGCCAUGGCGGCUCAACCCCAUCGGAAGCUUCCGAUACUCCUUUUUGACGUCAUGGACACAAUUGUUCGCGAUCCAUUUUAUCACGAUGUCCCCGCCUUCUUCCGAAUGGAGAUGAAGGAAUUGCUAGAAAGCAAGCAUUCAACUGCAUGGAUUGAGUUUGAGAAGGGGGAAAUAAAUGAGGUUGAGUUGGAAAGGAAAUUCUUUAAAGAUGAGAGAUCUUUUGAUCUCGAAGGCCUCAAAAACUGCAUGCGAAGAGGAUAUUCUUACAUCGAAGGUGUCGAGGAAUUACUUAGUGUGUUAAAGGCAAAUGGUUAUGAAAUUCAUGCUUUCACAAACUAUCCUAUUUGGUACACAAUGAUUGAAGACAAGUUAAAACUUUCAAAUUACUUAUCUUGGACUUUUUGUUCAUGUCUAAUGGGAAAGCGGAAGCCUGACCUUAAUUUGUACUUGGAUGUUCUGAAACAUCUCAAUAUUGAGCCGGGCAGCUGCAUUUUUGUUGAUGACAGACUAAGGAAUGUUGAAGCAGCCAUUGAAGCUGGAUUUAAAGGCUUUCAAUUCAAGAAUGCAGAUGUGCUGCGCAAAGACUUGUCACUUGUUGGUGUUGACGUUUCAACUUGUUUAAGUAAAGAUUCUGCUCCAACCACUCAAUGUUCUUAGGCCUUGUUCUCUUCACCUGAUCUAAUUGGUUCUGAUCUGGUAUGGUCUGGUCUGAUUGUAGUUGUAUUUAUUGUAGACCAAGGUAAAAUAUUGUGUUUCCACAUUGGGGUAAACCUUGUGUACAACAAGUUUAAUUCUUUUGAAUGGGCUAUCCAUGAAACAUAAAGAUUAAACUACUCACAUGCAAGAAACCAAGUUUGAAGUGCUUUACAAAAGUGUGGGCCAUGGAACACAAAACAAAUCUUAAGUGCAAAG